CAGGAAACGAACAGCCCUAAACAACGAACGGAACAACAAACCCAGUCCAGCCAGCUCCCACCAGAACGGGAGUAGGUGCGCGCUCUCUGUCUCUCUUCUCUCUCUCCUGCUUUCUCUCCCCCAGAUGCUAAUUUUCCGUGGCACCGCGCUGCCUCCACCCCUCGCGACCAGCCCCAACACCGAGCCGAUUCCUCCCUUCGUUUCCCCCCGCCUCUCGUGCAUCUCGGUGCACGUUGGUGAUUCGUUGGGGGAUUUGGGACCGGGGGUGGAUUGAUUUUUGAUGGUAUUCUCCGAUGGAGGAGGCAGGGAGAGACAAGGACAGGGCGGCGGCGCUGGCCGUGGAGGAUUUCAGCGCAGCCACUAAGGAUGCAGCAGGCAUAAGCACAAAAUCCACGAGGAGAUAUCCACAUGUUUCAUGGAUAGCCAUAUUGGGCCUCACCAUGCUUGUUGGUGUAUACAUAUUUUCCUUGUCUCUGAAGCAAAAUGGGAUGAUUUUUGGUCUCAUGCAGACGAACAUGAUAGAAAAAGAAAGGGAGAAACCUUGUCAUGACCACAGUAUUCCAGAUACGGAAAUCCCUUAUGUGCACUAUCCUACGCCGAAUACUUACGAUAGGAAAGGAUGUGCGUGCACAGCAGUUAGGUUCUUUGCUAUCUUGUCGAUGCAGAGGUCGGGAAGUGGAUGGUUUGAGACAUUGUUGAAUAGCCAUGGGAAUAUUAGCUCCAAUGGAGAGAUAUUCUCUGUCAAAGAAAGGCGUAGUAACAUCACCUCGAUCACGAAAACACUGGAUAAAUUGUACAAUUUGGAUUGGUUCAGCAGUGCUGCUAAAAAUGAAUGUACGGCUGCUGUGGGGUUGAAGUGGAUGCUCAAUCAGGGUCUAAUGAAGCACCAUCAAGAGAUAGUUGAAUACUUCAACCGAAGGGGUGUGUCUGCAAUUUUCCUUUUAAGAAGAAAUCUUCUCCAGCGUUAUGUCUCCAUAUUAGCAAAUGCUCAUGAUAGUGCCAUGAAACAGCUAAAUGGAACUCAUAAAGCUCAUGUGCACUCCAGAGACGAGGCUGAUGUUCUUGCUAAAUAUAGGCCAACUAUUGACAAAAAAAUAUUGAUUCCUGAACUGAGACGGUCUGAUAAGUUGGCAGCUGAUGCUUUGGUGAAUUUCAAGAACACCCGGCAUAUUGUUCUGUACUAUGAGGAUGUUGUCAGCAAUCGCACUAAGCUUAUGGAUGUCCUGGAUUUUCUGAAAUUGCCAAUGACAAAGCUGUCCAGUCGGCAUGUGAAAAUCCAUACUAAACGAUUACGUGAUCAUAUCAAUAAUUGGGCAGAUGUUAAUAAUACUUUGAAGGGCACACGGUAUGAGAGCUUUCUGAAUGGCCGAAGGUGACCAAAGUAGCUAGCUGGUGUAAAUAAUGCUGUAGUGAGUCUUCCUUCUUUCGUCCCCUUGUUUUAUCCUCUUCUAUAGCUAAUAGAGUUAGGCAAAGUAGGGAAUUUUGGAUAUCAUAUGCUAAUCCAAAGGGAUUAUUUAUUUUUCAUCUACUUUGUAGCAUUUAUAGAAUUUAAUUGAUUAAAUUAAUAGCCAUCAUACAAUGGUAUGAUCGAUAUUAUACUCUUGAGUCCCUUGUCUUAA